GAGCGUGCGUCGACGUGUGUGAGAGUAAAGCUAUAGGGACUCCCUUCUCGUCCUCGCCGUGCUCAGAAUAUCUUGAACUGACGGAUCCAGAGGAGCAGCCCGGUUACACGACAAAACGGGUCACACGGGUUUUUCCCAAUAUGCUUCCCCCCUUGCUCGCCGCUUUUGGGUCCUUCAGCGCGCCGUGUGCGUCGUUUGGUUUAAUUCCAAAGCUCCCUGCUCUUGCUUUCCCUCUAUUCUGCGCUGCGCAUCACGGUGGCUGUCCAGCGGGUCAUCGCGGAGAGUCCGGCGCCUGGCUGAAAGCUGAGCCCGCCCGCACGCACGGAGAUACGGACUGCAGUCUUACUUGAAGCGACGAGGUGGUGGUGGUGGGGGUUGGGGGGGGAAAUGGAGAACCCGGCCAGGUAUCUCUCUUCGGUGCAGGGGAUCGAUUCCGUGCCGGCGCCCCUCGGAGAGAUUAUGUGGAACAGCACUGAAACGGAGGCGACAGACGACGGGGGGAAGGAUAUGGUGGUGCGCACAGUGACCGGCUGCCUGCUGUCCUUGCUCAUCCUCUGGACUCUGCUGGGGAACAUCCUGGUGUGCUCCGCGGUGCUGCGCUUUCGCCACCUGCGGACCAAAGUCACCAACAUCUUCAUUGUGUCCCUGGCUCUGUCGGAUUUAUUCGUGGCCGUGCUGGUGAUGCCCUGGAAGGCUGUGGCAGAAGUGGCCGGAUACUGGCCGUUUGGCACUUUUUGCAACGUCUGGGUCGCCUUCGACAUCAUGUGUUCCACCGCGUCCAUCCUCAACCUCUGCAUCAUCAGCGUGGACCGGUACUGGGCCAUCUCCAGCCCCUUUCGAUACGAGAGGAAAAUGACCCAGCGGGUCGCCUUUGUCAUGAUCAGCGUCACCUGGACACUGUCCGUGCUGAUUUCAUUCAUACCGGUCCAGCUGAACUGGCACAAAGCCGCCGCCGACGGGUUGGCCGGAGCGCACAACUCCUCCGCGAGUCGGCAGCUGGAGGAAAACUGCGACUCCAGCCUGAGCCGAGAGUACGCAAUCUCCUCCUCGCUCAUAAGUUUCUAUAUUCCCGUGGCGAUCAUGAUUGUAACAUACACCAGGAUAUAUCGGAUUGCUCAGAUCCAGAUCAGAAGAAUAGCGUCCCUGGAGAGAGCGGCGGAGCACGCGCAAAGCUGCCGAAGCAACAGGAUAGAGUGCCAACACCACAACACGCUGAAAACUUCAAUCAAACGGGAAACCAAAGUGUUUAAAACUCUCUCGGUGAUCAUGGGCGUCUUCGUGUGCUGCUGGUUGCCCUUCUUCGUGUUGAACUGCAUGGUCCCGUUCUGCAACAAGCCGGCUGCGGACCGGGACGCGGGCCUGCCGUGCGUCAGCGAGACGACCUUUGACGUCUUCGUGUGGUUUGGUUGGGCCAACUCGUCCCUCAACCCCAUCAUCUACGCCUUCAACAAUGAGUUCAGGAAGGCCUUCGCCAGCCUCCUGGGCUGCCGCCACUUCUGCUCCAACACACCCGUGGAGACGGUGAACAUCAGCAACGAGCUGGUCUCCUACAACCAGGACACGAUCAUCCACAAGGAGAUCGCCAGCGCGUACGUCAACAUGAUCCCCAACGUGGUCGAAUGUAUGGAGCACGAGGAGACGUUCGACAGGAUCUCACAGUUUUCUCACAACAACGACAACGCCACAGACUCCGUGUGCGACUUGGAGGACUGCGAGGCGGACAUCAGUCUGGACAGGUUGUCACCUUUCACUCCAAACGGAUUACACUGACUCCACACGGUUCAGUGUUGCUGACUAAAAGGCUUUACUCGGUGCGCCAGUGUACGUAACGUCCGUCUACUCUGACGAUUCACAAAGGGGACUUUCUGCCUCUUUACUAACCAUCAAACGGACCCAGUGCCCACCUUUCCAUUGAGCAUGAAAGCUGAGGGAAGCCUUACAAGACAGUGUGACUAAAACAGUCCAAUGCAGUCGAUUUAGCGCCUUACAGCCUGGUGAACAAAGAGAUUUGAGACAUGCAAGGAAUGUGUCCUGUAGAGUUUAAGUUACUUGAUGCCAAAAUGCAUUAUUGAAGCGUUUCGCCACACCAACCUCCCAGGUGACUCUUUUUAGCACAUGCGCUCAGGACAUGUGGACACUUUAAUCUGAGCUGCCACAGGCUUUUUAAUAGAAAGGCAAAAGCACAAAAUCUAAUGUGAAGGAUGCACUGAGGAAGCCCGCGUGUGCUGGAAUCUCUCAUACAUCUUGAAAUAACAAUUGUUUGCUAUUGUUAGAGUUAUUUUCUACGAUGUUUAACUUCACACAGAGGCCAAAACUUGUGUAACGUUUCAGCUCUGUGAGCCAGAGCUAACUCUGUCUGAUCAGACUCAAAGAUGAAAAGAAAAAGAAACGAUAAUAAUGAAAUGUCUCCCAGACAUUACUUGAAACCAAUCGGACAGCACAGCUGGAUAUCGCAUCCACAUCCUGAUGACCUCAUCUGAAUGUAUUUACUGUCCAUUUUAAUGGUGAAGUGUGUCAUAAUUUGUCUAAUAAAAUAAAAGGUUGUCAUUCAGAGUGGA